AUGACUUCACAACCCCCACCCACCGACGUCCCACCAACAGCACCCCCAAACGGGACAACCACCACAAAAAAGCCUCAAUCCGUCGACGACCUCCCGCCCGCAGCCCUCGACCUCGCCGCCAAACUCUUCGACCUGGCCCGCGCCGGCACCACCCCAACACUGAAACUGUACCUCGACGCCGGCGCCCCCAAGAACCUCACCAACGCGGCCGGCGACACGCUGCUCAUGCUCGCCGCCUACCACGGCCACGCCGACACCGCCCGCAUGCUGAUCGCCGCCGGCGCAGAUGUGAAUGUGCUGAACGGGCGGGGGCAGAGUAUCAUUGCUGGGGCGGUGUUCAAGGGGUAUGAGGACGUGGUCAAGGUGCUGUUUGAGGCGGGCGCGGAUGUGGGGCGGGGGCAGCCGAAUGCAGUGGAUUGUGCGCGGAUGUUCAAGAGGGAGGGUGUGUUGGCGUUGUUUGGGGAGGAGCUGGGGGAGGGGAGGGAAAUCAGGAUGGAUGGGCAGGCGUGA